AUGCCUUCCAUCUUCCCCAAGGACCUAAUCUUAGGCACUGCUGCCGUACAAGAAUCCCGUUGGGGCCAAAAGGGACAGCUUGAAGCCUCCAUGGCAACGCAGACAUACAGAAUGCCUUUUCCCGCAUGGAGCGUCGCAGAAGAUGUGAAAAGGAGAGCUGACGCCGCUCGAGGUGAUGGAGAUGCAGGCUCAAAGGGAUCAGGGCCUGCCGGAAAGAUUGAGCUCUACUCUGGGAAGUACUAUGCUUCCUGUAUCACAGGUGGAAUACUUGCCUGCGGCUUGACGCACGCUGCCGUGACCCCCAUGGAUCUAGCAAAAUGCCGGCUCCAGAUCGACCCAACGAUGUAUAAGGGCAUCCUUGAUGCCUGGGGGAAAAUUGGCCGUGCUGAAGGAGUGCGCGGCAUUUUCACUGGUUGGGGCCCAACAUUCUUUGGGUACUCGGCCCAAGGAGCAUUCAAGUACGGUGGAUACGAGCUCUUCAAGAAAUACUACGCCGACCUUCUCGGGGAAGACGUUUUCAACCGCUGGAAGACACCAGUUUACCUUGCUGCAAGUGCAAGUGCUGAACUGAUCGCUGACGUUGCUCUAUGCCCCUUUGAAGCAGUCAAAGUGCGAAUGCAGACUACGAUUCCGCCUUUCGCAACCGGGACGUUUUCUGGCAUCUCUCAUGUCACUGCAAAGGAAGGCAUAGCAGGCCUCUACAAGGGUCUGUAUCCGCUCUGGGGCCGGCAGAUUCCAUACACGAUGAUGAAAUUUGCCUCUUUCGAGAAGAUCGUCGAGAUGAUAUACAAUUACCUUCCCGGCCAAAAGUCAGACUACAAUAAAGGGGCACAAACUGCCGUUGCAUUUACUGGUGGAUACUUGGCCGGUAUUCUCUGCGCAGCCGUCUCCCAUCCAGCAGACGUCAUGGUGAGCAAGCUUAACGCGAACCGGAUGCCCGGAGAGGCUUUCGGGGCGGCCAUGACCCGUAUCUAUAAACAAAUUGGAUUCGCCGGGCUGUGGAACGGCCUCCCUGUUAGGAUUGUCAUGGUGGGGACGCUGACUGGUCUUCAAUGGAUGAUUUACGAUUCAUUCAAGAUCUUUAUGGGUCUUCCAACUACUGGUGGCCCGACGCCUGCCAAACAAACGUCAUGA